UUGGUGCGCGGCCAGGCGCCCUCGAUAUUGGCUGACCUCCACCCUUUCGCCCUCGCGCGCACGACGAGGCCAGUAGGGUGGGCGUGACGGGGGGCCACAGGGUGCCACGGCGUGCGUGCCGGACUCGCGGGCCCCUGUCGACGCUUGCAGGCACAGCCAAUGGCAGGCCGCGACGCAGCCGCCCAACCCACGGCACCAGGCGCCGAGCUGCCACUACUGGUCCUGUCCGAAUGCCCCGCCGGCCAAUGGCUGAUGGUGUUCUGGCCAGCCCCCUGUCGUCUUUCCGGGGAGGGUGACAGUGCUGCGUCCUCGCCGCCGUGGGAUUCAGCCAAAGACGCGCAUGCCGUCGACCCAUCUGGGUCUGCUCGUCACCUUCGCUCGAGCCACAGCGGGCGGCAAGGAUCUGCUGCUCGGCCGAGUUGCCGGAGACAUGGCAGCAUGGCAAGGCGGGACACUCUGAUGGGUGAUGGGUGAUGGGUUUGGGGUGAUGGGGGAGGUGGGAGGUGGGCACAAUGGGAUUGCUUCUCACACCAAACAGACGGGACAGACAGAACAGACAGGAAAAAGAGCGGGGAGGAUAAGCGCCCGCCCAUCUGUCAUCCGCCCCACCCACACAGCCAAUUAGCACCGUCUAGCCUGGGGGCUAUUUUGAGCCAUCGGUCUUCGGCCGUCAGCUUUUUCAGCGGUCGAUCUCUACAGUGGGAAAGCACGACCGCGCCGUUGCAACGCUUGGAGGUGGUUGCACUGGCAUCUUCUUUGGGCACAAUUUAGCGAAUUAAUAUCUACUCGCCCGUCGGCAGUCAACGACGCUUCCUUCCAUGGUCGCUUUUCAAUCCUUCGGAGUUCUUUGCCACUGGUGCUCUUCUGCCUUUUACGGUUGGUACUGUUUGACGUUAACUGCGUCGUCAGCCGGCCAGCACACAAUGCAUCGUCUGGCAGCCAUUGGAGCAAAAGUCGUCCUCCUCAUCGUCUCAGUCGUCUGACUGCCAUCGCUCUAACCCGCCACUCAAUCAACCAACAGCCUCGGCGCCCCUGACCACCUGCCACGACUGCACAUUCUGCCGUCACCUGUUCCCCCCCCCCC